AUGGCCUCUGGCAGAGACCAAGAUGUUGAAGAGACUGUCGCUGCUAUCUCGGACGGGCAGGGCACACUAUUGGACGUAGUGAAAGCUUUGGGAGAGUACCUUACAUCGGAGGAAGAUGCACUUAGAACCAAGGGCGUCGAAUUUAUGUCGGCUGUUCUAUCAGGAUGCCCUCCUGAGCGUUUCAAUCGCCAAUCUGUGAAAGUCCUUGUGUCCUUCUUGUGCGGGCAGCUAGAAGAUCCAGAGACUGUGGUCCCCGCUCUGAAGGGCCUACUGUCUCUCACCUACCUACCAACCUUCACUUCUGGCGAUGCAGUCGAUGUUUUCGAUGCGAUACUGGCGCACGUCAAGAUGAAGUCCCUCGUCCAGUCGCAGCGGUUCAUCGUCACGAUAGCUUUGAAAGGCAUAUCAAAACGAUUCGUGCCGGGCUAUAUAUCUCUCGUGAACGGGGAGAAGGAUCCUCGGAAUCUCGUACUAUGCUUCGGGAUUGACCGAGUACUCCUCCUUGAGUUCGACGUGAAAGACCAUAUCGAGGACUUCUUUAACAUAACCUUUUGCUAUUUCCCCAUAACCUUCAGACCACCUCCAGAUGACCCGUAUGGUAUCACGACGGAUGAUUUGAAGAACGCCUUAAGGAAGACAGCAGACACGCCCGGUCUAGUUAAAGACGUCUGCCACGAGUGUUUAGACCUCCUGAAGGAACCGGAGAAAAGUCAGGCAAAACCAGCCGUCAAGACGCUAUGCGCCUUCCUCUCGACGACAGGGCCCGUUUCUACCUAUACCCUUGCAAAAGCUGUACCUCUUCUUACCGCACUGUUCCACAAUCCUGACGAGGCGUCCAAUCGGACGCCGACCCUAACGUUGUUGACUGAGCUGGUCAAGGCUGCUCGUGACUCCGCACCGGAGUCAGAGUCCGAGGUCAAACUAGCCCAAUUCAAGGACGACCUACUUGGCAUCAUGACUGUUGGCCUGAAAAACGAAAGUUCCUGUACCACGGCUCUAGAGGGAUUAAAGGCGUUGGUCACAACGAAGGGGCUGAUGAGCAAUGAUGAGCUGGGCUAUACCGUCCACAAUGUCAACGAGAUCAUCCCCUUGGAAUGGGCUAAUACUGAAGAGAUCAUCGAUUCUACGUUAGACCUCUUGUCGACUGUGUCCACUCGCUCUCCCAUGCAUGUCGAAGGGACUACCUUGCCUUUACUCUUCAGUACCCUUCCUGACCGUGCACCUCCGCGAGAGGCCGCCUCCGAGCGAGCUAAAUGCUGGCAAACCUUGGCAUUUUUAUCUAAGCUUUGCAAACAGCCCAGCCUGUUUGAAACGCUUGUUGUCCGGCUAACCACGAAGCUCGACCUUAUAUGCGGAUCUACUGCUCAUUCGCAGGAGGACAUUGAGCCUAGUGCGGCUUACGCGCAUUCCAUCCUCCUCACUCUUCGAAACGUCUUGAAGGAUAAGGUCGACCUCGGCCACCUAGACGUGGCGAAAUACCUCGACCGCCUUGCUACUGGCUUGCAUAUGGUGGCUUCAGAGCCACGUCUUUUGAAGACGGCCGGGGAGAUUAUCACUUUGGUGGUACAGGUAAUACCUACACCCAAGCAACAGUCCUUCCUGGAUAGUCUUAUCAAAGCUUAUCUACAUGGGAAUGCAAAAAUCCUCGCGCUUGGUAGCCUUAAAAUACCUGAUGACCAGGUCUUCCAACCUCUAGAGCCCAGUGCACCUUCAUUGCAGAAGAAUAUGAUCGUCUUAUUCUCAGCGGCGAUUAUUGCGCUGCAUAAAGACGUCGCGUUGCCCGUUGCAGAUACCUCCCAGUUCCUACAGCAGCUCUACGUUUGGAGCGUCCAUCACUCGGAAACCCUCCUGCAAAGAGAAGCUGCGUGGUAUUCAAUUGCCUCCGUUACCAACAAAAGAUGCGAUGAUGCCGCCCAAUUUUUGACUGCCUGCCAGGAGCAAAUUUGGCCAAGUGACAUUGCAGUCGCGGAUCGACCGGUAGUACGUCGUCGACUCUCGAUAUCCGCUUGGACGUGGGUGACUAAAGCUCUAGCUACAAGAGGCCAUCCUUCAGCGGAAGGGUUUGUUGACCGCUUAUUUGAAGUAUUUGACGACACGGACAUCAACUGGGACGCAGCCAGGGCUUUGGGCGGUAUUGUAGCUGCAGAUGACAUCCUAACAAAAUACAAUCAUGCAGUUAUUAGGAUACUCUUCGCCCAGCGUUACUGCAACAGGCUUCUGCCCCAGAUAGUCGAAGGUGCCAAGGGCGCGGCCAAUGGCCGUCAGCAAGUUGCGUAUUUGGUAGCCCUCACUUCGUUGAUCAAGACUGUGCCCAAGACAACCUAUGUAUCGGAAAUGCCUACCCUUAUACCCCUUCUUCUUCGUGGUCUGCAGCUGCGGGAUCCGGACAUCCGUGCCAACGUGAUCAGCACCCUUCAUAGUGCGACGGACACUGAUCCAAACGGCUCCAGUAUCAUAGCUGAGCACAUUGGCACUCUUGUCUCUGCCAUGCUUGAAAACAGUAAAAUAGAAGAGAUGCCUUCCGUCCGUGUGAGGGUAGCCGCUUUGAAAUAUCUAGGUCUACUGCCGAAGUCGGUGCGAUAUGACAAACUGCAUCCUUACAAAUCUACCGUCCUCAAGGAAUUAAGCAACAUUCUCGACGACCCUAAGAGGGCCGUGCGCAAGGAAGCAGUUGACGCCAGAUCAAACUGGUUUACAUGCAGCGGUUAG